AUGGGGACAUAUAGAAUAAGUUUAAGCAUUUUUAGUGUUAUAUUAUACCUUUCUGUUUUAUGGACACCAGCUUACUCGAAUGAUAAAUGCGAAUUGUCUUGCAAAGGAUCAAACGGACCCAGCUUCUUACAAGGAAAAGUUUACAACUAUGGAGUUGAUGGAAUCGUUUCAAUUUACCUGAGCGGCGCCGACAAGCAGGAGACCAGCGUGAAGAUAUCAGGACAGGUGUCAGUUUCACCAAAUGAUAACUGCGAGUUAUCACUUAUGGUGAAAUCUUUGACGAUUUCGGGACCCGAUGGCAAGAAAUACCCAGCUCCGAAGGGCAUUGAGAAGGUUGUCCGAUUCAGCCUUCAAGAUGGACGAGUUGGUCCAGAGAUCUGCGCAGAAGAAGUAGAUAGCCGAGCUUCUCUUAACAUCAAGAGGGCUAUCAUUUCAUUAUUGCAAACUGAACAGAAAUCGUCUACCCAGGUUGAUGUUUUUGGAUCAUGUCCGACGGAUGUUUCAUCAUCAAAGGAAGGUGCUUCAGUGUUGCUCCACAGGACCCGUGACUUAAGCAGAUGUGCUUACCGCGAACAAAGCAAAAACGACCUUAUUACUGCUGUGUACAACCCAAGUUCUGAAAUUAAGAGCACUCAGCUUCUUCAAUCGACUCUGAAUGUAGAAUCCAAAGUCAAUAAUGGUGUACCCGAAAAAAUAUCUGCCGUGGAACAAUACCUGUACAAACCAUUCUCGGUUGGAGACAAUGGUGCAAAGGCUGAAGUUAACACUAAAUUGACACUAUCAGGAACCUACGCUGGCGGCAUUGCUGGAAUAUGCAAUACUCGUCGUUCUAUCAUAUUCGAAAACCCACACCAAGGUAAAGCUGAACACAGUGAUGCCAGGAAUGUUUUGAAUGCUGUGAAAGAAACGUGCAAAAACCUCGGAAGUGAAGCUGGCUUUAAGUCAGCAGGAGCAUUCGCUCAACUUGUCAGGAUUUUCCGCUCGGCCAACAAAGAAGAUCUACUCCAAGUCUUCGCACAAGUCAAAGGCAAUAGCUUAGAAAAGCGCGUGUUCCUGGAUGCUUUACUUCGUGCUGGAACAGGCUACAGCAUUGAUGCUUCUAUCCAUAUCCUGAAAAACAAAGAACUGUCUCCAUUAGAAGAAAAAGUUAUCUUCCUGUCGUUAGGCAAUGCCAGACACGUCACCAGCGAUGCUAUUAAGGCUGCUGCUGAUCUCCUCGAUCAUGCUCACCUACCAAAUGGAGUAUACCUUGGAGUUGGGGCUCUGGCUGGUGUUUACUGCCGAGACCACAACUGUCACAGCGACCCCUCUGCUGGAAUUUCUGAAUUGAGCAAAAAGUUUGCCGCGAAGUUAGGAAACUGUAAACCAAAAUCCAAAGAAGAAGAGGAUCAUGUAGUCGCGGUUCUGAAAGGUAUUAGAAAUAUCCGUCACUUGGAAAAUAACUUAGUCGACAAACUCGCUGCCUGCGCUUCUGAUAACAACGUUAAAGCAAGAGUUCGAGUGAGCGCUCUUGAAGCAUUCUCCGCUGAUCCUUGUGCUGCCAAGCUCAAGAAAACUGCAUUGGAUAUUAUGAAAAACCGUAACCUGGACUCUGAAAUUCGUAUCAAGGCGUAUCUGGCUGUUAUAGACUGUCCUUGUGGUAAAUCCGCUAACGAAAUCAAGCACUUACUUGAAACCGAACCAGUACACCAAGUCGGACGAUUCAUCACUACAUCACUCCGCCACAUUCGUUCUUCUGCCAACCCUGACAAACUUCUCGCUCGUCAACACUACGGACUUAUCAGCACCCCAAACAAAUUCAAAGUUGAUGACAGAAAGUUCUCAUUCUACCGUGAGUUGAGCUACAAUGUCGAUGCUAUCGGAGUCGGUGGUAACAUGGAACAAACUGUUAUAUACUCUCAAGACUCAUUCUUGCCAAGGUCAGCUAGCCUUAAUCUCACGGCUGAAGUUUUCGGUCACAAUGUUAAUAUUCUCGAGGUUGGAGGUCGUCAAGGUAAUUUGGACCGUGUGAUUGAACAUUUCCUUGGACCAAGAAGCUUCCUUCGUACACAAGAACCUCAGGAAAUUUAUGAUAACCUGAAGAAAAAAAUUGAAGAGUCCUAUCACAAAGUUGAAGGCAGUGUCCGUGGUCGCCGUUCCAUCAAGAGUGAAGUCGACAACUUUGAUAAACACGUUAAAGCUGAAUCAAUGCAAUACAACAAUGAACUAGAUCUGGAUAUUUACAUUAAACUCUUCGGAACCGAUGCUGUCUUUUUAUCGCUUGGAGAUGACAAAGGAUUCGAUUUCAACAAAUUCCUAGACGCCUCUCUAUCUUGGGUGAAUGGCGGUUUUAACAAAAUGAAGCAUUUCCAGCAAGAACUUCGUGGACACUUCCUCUUUAUGGACACCGAACUUGCCUACCCAACAUCCACUGGUCUUCCUCUUAAAUUAGAUGCUGUUGGUGCCGCUACUGGUCGUCUUGAUGUCUCCUCUGCUGUUGACAUCCGCCAAUGUAUACGCAACCCCGAAUCUGCAAAGGUUGACAUCAAGUUAGUCCCAAGUUCUGAUGUUGAGAUAGCCCUCAUAAUGUUAGUAGAUGCUGAUGCAGUAUCUACUGGUCUUAAAGUAAUGACUAAUCUGCACUCUUCUACUGGAAGUCACGUUAUCGCAAAAGUUAUUGAAAAUGGCAAAGGAUUUGAUUUACAAUGGGGCUUGCCAAUUGAUAAACAAGAAAUCGUAACAGCUUCCAGUGAUGUAGUAUUUGUAACAGCAGAAAAAGGUCAGCUUGAAAAAGAAAAGGCGUGCGUUAAUAAAGGCGAAAAGAAGGAAUAUUCUGGAUGUUUCGAUCAAUUAUCUGGAGUACUAGGUCUAACACUGUGCGGAAAAGUUUCCUAUGCUCCAUUCCCAGGAGCAUUGCCGUUACUAGGAUCGUCUAAAGUAAAACUUGUUUUGGAGAAGAACGACCUCAAAGGUUACCACAUCAAGGGUGUUGUAAGAUCAGACCCUAAGGGCAGAUACGGACUUGGAUUGUUAUUCGACGCUGAAGGAUCUCAAAACCGUAGAACUCAAAUCAACGCUGACGCUAUUUAUAAUGCGGAAGAAAAAUCUGUGAACAUUGAACUCGAAUCACCUAUUAAGACUAUUGUAGCCAAAUAUUCACUUGUCACCAAAUCCAACGAAUAUGCUCUUAUGGCACUUAUGAAAUUGGAUCAAAAUAAGUAUUAUGGCCGAAUUGGAGUUGAUAUUCAAGGUAACGCGCAAAGAUCCGUAUGGAAACCCGUAAUAGAAUACGAAAUGCCAGGUCAAAAUGAAAAGAAGAGCCUCAAGGUUGAUGGACAAAUCGUCAAAGAAUCCAAUGGACCAUCUGUUAAAUACACUCUAGAAAAUGUUAAGGUUUUCCUUUCUGAGCAAAACGAGAUGAAUAUUGAAGGUCAUCUGAAUCAAGAUCCUAAGGGUGUUGAGAUGGACUUGAAGGGAAGAUUGGGAGCUCAGAACAUACUAUUGAGCGGAUCUUUGAAGGGCUAUGACGUUAAACUUGAAUUACAAAACACUCUUAAUCCAUUCGUUAACUUCAAACUUAAUGGUCACUUUGAGAACACUGAAAGCAUGAUUCACAAUGACAUCGAUCUGUACUAUGGCGGCGACCUCCGUGAUCAACGUAACCGCGUCAUUUUCAAUCAGCUAUACAAACGACACCAAUCCGCUGAUGGUUUUAACGUAAUGACUAAAAAUAAAUUUGAACUCUGCGCACUUCCCAUCAAAGUAAAUCUGGACCUAGAAAUGGACCCUAAGAAGUUCGACUUAGAAAUGGGUGGAGUUUAUUUCGAAAAGAAAGCUAACUUAGACCUUGAGGCCCGUACUCAAAUUAAGAAAGUUGGGGACUACAGUGUUAAAUUCAAUUUGGACUUAGACAAACAAUCUGUAGAAGCUUUGAUGAAGAGAGAUAUCGUAUCUGCUGAUAAAUCAAACUUAGAAAACUAUAUCGAGUUCAAGAACUUCUUCAAAUAUGAAUUGUCAGGUGUUGUUUUACAUAGAAUGAAAACAAACAACGUCAAUGUUGGUGCUAUCGGCCACCUUAAAGUAUCAGGUGGUGGCAAGGAAGAAGACAUUAAGUUUGACGUUGGUGCUGUUGAAAAUGCAAAUCUGUAUUCAAGCCACGCAACCAUUUCUAACAGCAAGGGCCAGUUGUUGGACUUCUUGCUUAAGAUAAACUGUGGAGCUAACGCCAACGGACAACUUAAAUUUAACUUAAAAGACGCCGUAACUGCAAAUGGUCAAUACCAAGUCACUGACAAGGAUGGAAAAGGGAACGGAAAUAUUAUGGUGCAUUUCAAAAAGGUGGACAACAUUAUCAAAGGAGACGUGAAAUUCCAAGUCAAGGAGCCCAUUUAUAACGCUGACAUAGAUCUUUACCUGGACUUUGAUAAGAACAAAAAUGACAAACUACAUUUCAGCACUAACAGCAAAAUAUCGGAAAAACAAUGGAACAGCAACAAUAAAUUCGAAUAUUCCGGAAGAGGCUUCGAAGUAAACGUUGUAAGAGAUGGUGCUAUAUACGGUGUUGGUAAAGGACACUUCAACUUGAAACUAGUGCUGCCUGAUAAAAGAUGCAUUACCCUGAAAGCCGACAGAGAACUCUCAUUGAAGAAUGACGUAUACAAUGGACACGCUGAAGCAGUUUUGUCGGACGCGCCUAAUGGUCAACCCGGUUCUUCAAUAAAAUACCAAGCAAAAUUUGUUAAUACCGAUUUUGACAAGUUCAGCAUCGACUAUGACGGUCAGCUUGAAAUGGUUUUGAACGACGGCAAGAAUCUCGUGAAUUCGUUCUCAUUCAAGAAUGUUCCUAAGGGAGAUAAAUACGACAUCGCAUUCAGAAGUGAAGUCUCAGGAAACAUGAUGCCCAAGAAACUUCUUAUUGACGCCGGUUCAGUAUAUACUUGGGAAUUACUUAACACCGAUGAUACGUACAGAGUGAAGGCUAGUUAUGGUGAUGACAUUGGUUUUGAGCUAAAUGGAGUCAAUCAAAUUAUCGUUCCUGAUAAAGGAGACAAGAAAUACGUCGACGACUACACGGUCAACAUUCGUCUUCCAUUCGAAAAGGCGCACGAUAUGAAGUGGGUUUCAACAUUUAUGUAUUUGCAAUCAGAGAACAAGGCUGUAGAGGUAACACUCAUUGAGGUAUUCCAAGUCAACGCUGAUGUUUACAAAUUAGAAUCAAGUGGAAAAUACGGCCCCAAGAGCGGCAACACCAAACUCAAGUUCAUUGUGCCCCAUUAUGAUCCCGUUAUCUUGGACAGCGACUACAAGAUUAAUGAAUCCAAAGAAAAAUCCACCGCUGACAUUGAUUUGAAAGCUCAAUACGGAAAAGGCAAAGUUUCCAACUACAAAAUUUACGGCUCAUCUUCUCCAAGAGAAGUUGAACUUAAAUUCGCAUCAAACUGCCCGAGCAGUGAAAUGGCCAAAAAAAUUGAUCUCUUCUUACAAGCUAAGAGCCCAUCCCCCGACACAUAUAGCGCUGUAAUCUCAGUUGAUGCUGAUGGCCGCUCGUACAGAAGUGAGAGCUACGUUGUGUACUCCAACACACAACCUGUUGUUGACAUCAAAUAUACCAGCCCUUCAAACCCUAAGACCUCAAGAAUUUACUUCAAGGGAAUAUCGAUCCGUUCAAAGGAAGGUCGCCUUGAAAUGAAGAUAGAAAACAUCAAGGACUUCAAUUUGGAUUCAACAUUAGAAGCUAACUUAGAGAAGGAUCUGUACGUCAAGUUCAUUGGAAACUCUGAGAAAUUAGGCCUUAAGAAUUACAAAAUUGACAUCUCAAGCAAGGAUUCGGGUAGCGGAAAACGUCUUGAAUUCCACGCUAUUAACGACAACAAGAAUGUGCUAAGUGGAAGCACAUCAUACAUCAGCAAGCAGGAAGGUCAGAAGACCAUUAUUGAAGGUUCAGGAACUGUUAAGAUCAAAGAUGAACAGAAACCAGCCAACUUCAAAUACAUCCGUACCAUCCUUACUGAAGGCAAUGAACAGGGAAUAGAGACCUUUAUCAACCUUGCUUUCGGAGACCGUAACCACGUUGUUGAAACUCGCAUCACAAACAUCGAAUACAAGACCUCAUACGUAUACUGCGAAGAGAAGAAGCAAUGCGCCCACGCUGAGCUGAACUCUAAGUUUGUUGCAGGACCUGGUGCUCUCAAGCAUCUCUUCAACGUUGGACUUGACCUCCGUAAACUGGGUCUCGCUACUGAAUUCGGUCUUCAGAUUGCCAACGAGUUCUCUGAAAAGAAACUUCCCCAGUACAACUUGAACUUACACGUGAACAAAGAAAACGAUAAAUACCAUUUCCAUGUUUACAGCCAGCCCGAACCAGGCCGGUUCCCUGCUGGUAUUGUUCUGACCUUCCCUCAAAGAGUCAUCGCCUUAGAAUCCCUUAUCCGGUAUCCUUCAGACAAGAGCCUACCAUUCCCAGUUAGCGGAGAGCUAUGUUUGUACCCAGACAAAAAUAAGCCACAAACCAAGACCGCUGCCAGAUUCAGCUUUGACGUCCAAGGAAACUAUAAUGAGCAAGGAGAAAUUGUUUCACUUAUUGGUUUCAGCCAUCCAAGGCUUGGAAAGGAAGCGUUAAUCAAAUUCCGUGGAUCAAUGAAGAGGCCAGCUGAGAACUCUUUGAAGAUUGAAACAUCAAGCGUUGUCUCUUGCUCUAUCUUAGGAAGCGACCGCGAAGCUAAAUUUUAUUUGGAAGUCAACCCUGUUCACAUCAAGUUGAUGCUCGACACUCCGUUGGUUAAAGUAAUUGAUUUAGAAGGAUCAGCCACAGUCAAGGAGAACUUACAACAAGCCGACCUUAGAUUCAGUCUGCUUCAAGGAAAACCAGUAACAGUAUACGCUGUUGUCAAAGAUUUCGAGUACUACGAAUUCACUACAGGAUACAGUGAUGAAUCAGAACGAAAACUCUCCAUCGUCAGCCAUUUGAACCCUGAAAAACGCGUCGACAUCUCUGUGGACAUUGUUGUUCCUGGACAGAAGAAGAACAUUGUUAAAGGAGCUUUGUACUUGCAAGAUAAUCUCGUUAAAAGCGACUAUGGCCUAUCCCAAGACAACUUCAACUACUUCGUGAACGCACUGAAAAAAGAUCUGGCGAACCUGAAAUCAAGGAUUCAAGGAAUCGGAGAUAAGGCGAAUGAAGAUUUCAAAAAGAUUUUAAAGAAAGUAGAGCCAACAUACAGGGAAAUCGAACAGCAAUACAAACAAGACGUCGAAAAGAUGAUUAAGGAAAUUGAAAAUGACAAAUCAUUAAAGGAAAUUAUGGAGAGCUUGCACGUCAUUGUAAAACUCGUAGCUAAGAUGAUUGAUGACACAAUCACCGUCUUCAAGCCCUUGGUGGACAAAGUGGUCGAGACUAUCACCGGUAUAUCCAAAAACAUUGCUGACAUUUACGAAAAACAGAUCGAACCACAACUGAAGCAGCUGUCCAAGGCUGUAGGUGAUUUACUCGAGGAGUACGUGAGCGGAGUAAUCGAGGCGGCUGCUCAUUUCUCUGCCAUCAUCAUCGAUUUCUUUGAACGUCACAAGCCCGAACUUCAGGAACUUGCUAACAUUUUCACUGAAAUCUUCAAAGACAUAACCCGCAUCAUCGUGGCUCAACUGAAAGAAUGGCGCGCCAAGUCCUCUCAGUUCUUUAGCGAACUCAGUCAGCAGUUGAAGGAAAUGCCAAUCCUCAACAUUAUUAGUGAAAAGUGGAAGGAGUUAGAGGUACCAGUGAAAAUGGUGAACAUACUUCAUGGCGUCCACGGAACCGUACGCUCUGUUCUACCAACUGAAGAGAUGAGGCAAUUCUUAGAUGCACUCCUGAAGUAUGCUGAAAAGAAAAUCAACAACCAGCCUUGCAAUGAAAGCGCGGAGUUGAGAGCUAUUUUCGACAAAUUCGUCUCAGCUGUGACUUCACUAGUGAACUUCGUGAGAGGUCAUCUUGGACAAGUUGGUCUUCAGCAAUAUAUUGACAUUACAGAUGCACGUAUGUGGGGAUCAUCUCCAGUCUCAAUUCCAUCGUUCCGAGGCUCGGCCGCCCUUAGUGUUCUAUCUCAGGUACUACGUGGGGACAUCCCAGACCCCUGGACCUUGUUCAAGACAUACCGUCCACGCAGCCUGAACCCACUCGACGAAGUACCAUCUAAAAUGAGAGCUGUGGUCGUGAAUGGCCAACACAUCUUCACAUUCGACGGCCGUCACCUUACGUUCCCUGGCUCCUGUCGCUAUGUCCUUGCACACGACCAUGUUGACAGAAACUUCACUUUGUUAAUCCAACUUGCUAACGGUAGUCCGAAGGCACUUAUCCUGGAAGACAAACACGGCAUGACUAUUGAACUGAAGGAAAAUGGACAGGUUGCUGUGAAUGGUGCUGCCCAUGGCUACCCUGUGAUUGAAAAGGAAGUUUUUGCGUUUAGACAGGCGAAUGGACGUAUCGGUAUGGGCUCAUUAUACGGACUUAUGGCUUUCUGUACCAGCAAACUUGAGGUGUGCUACAUUGAAGUUUCUGGCUUCUAUCUCGGUAAACUACGCGGUCUCCUUGGAGAUGGUAACAAUGAACCUUACGAUGACUUCAGGCUACCAAAUGGAAAGAUUGCUCAUUCGGAAAGCGAAUUCGGAAACGCAUACAAGAUGGCCAGCAGCUGUCCAGCUGCCAAGUGUCCAGAACACUCCCACCACCAGAUGCACGAAGCUCUGCCUCCUGCUUGUGAAGAGGUGUUCGGAGGAUUAUCUCCCUUGAGACCGCUAUCUCUCAUGCUCGAUAUUGCACCAUUCAGACAAGCCUGUAUCCACGCGGUACAAGGAGCGUCAGACCCUAUGGCCCAAGCAUGCGACCUGGGUCGUGGUUAUGCUGCUCUUGCUCUUACCGGUCUAUUGCCAGCUGUUCUGCCUUCCGCUUGUGUCUCGUGCAUGGAUUCCGGCGUCCGCAAAGAAGUCGGUGACAUCUACGAAGUCAAGAUUCCCGAAAAACAGGCCGAUAUUAUUGUCACCGUAGAAGUGACUAAGUCCAACGAAAAUAACUACAAGGACAUCGUCGUGCCCCUGGUCGGUCAUAUCAUAGAAGGACUUAAGGCUAAGCGUAUUACCGACGUUAAGGUUUACCUCGUCGGAAUUACCUCCAAGAUGCCGUACCCAAUUUUGUAUGAUACCGACAUGAAACUGAAGACCGCGAAGGUUGAAUUCGAUGACGAAAGUCGCUACAAUGACAUCAAACCGAUUCGAGUACACCAUGACCAGGUUGACAAGGCCGUAGACCAACUUGUAUCCCUCUUGAACAUGAUCAAGAAUAAACUUGGUAUCACCAAUGUUAUGGCUUCAUAUCAAUCCAUCUUCGACCUGCCUUUGAGGCCAACAGCUGUUAAACACUACAUCAGUUCCGUUGGAGACAAGUGCCUUCCUCAGGACUUCCUGUUGACCGUCCUUCGUUCCGCUAUUUACGAAGAAAUGUUUGAAAACAUCGGUUUGACGCACUCGCUCGUAGCUAACACUCCUGACCUUAAGAUUGGAGGCGGUAAAUCUGUCAACCAAGUUGUCGGUUUCUCUGAACACUCCGUUCUGUUGUUGGGAGACAAAAAACAAAAGGACACCGAAUCAUUGAGAGAAACUCUUGAGUUAGAAAAUGAAGACGGUUGCGUUGAUUUCGCACAAGAAACUGGCGGCUAUACUUUCUCAGCGAGCACCUUCCGCGCCUGCAACCCUGGACAACAGAAACAAUGGCUACAGACAGCAGCAGCAUCAGUGAUCUCUCGCCUCACACAACAGAACCUGGUCCAAACCUGCACCUGCACUUACUCCGACCCCUUCAGGGUUCGCUCCGUCUGCGUCACUAAAGACAGGAAAGAAGCGGCACGCAGACGAAAGUAA